AUGGCAGAGCAGACCCCAGAUUUCUCCAAGGACAAAUCUGAAUUAGCCCCUACAAAUACUCCCCUGAUCCUCCUCCUCCAAUUUUCCGAAAAAUCUCAAUAUCUCGUGCCCCAGAGCCUCACCUCGAUCUCGCCGGAGUUCCGCCUCCAGGAGCUCCUGUCGCUGACCAAGUCUGCUGCCACUGGAGAUCCGCACGGGAACAACGUCCCCGACGCCUCCCGCAUCUUGCUGGCGCUGCCGCUGCUCCAGCCAUUUGCCGCCAUCGCCACAGGCCGCCCCCGGAGCUCACGAGGUCACCCCCGAGUUUUCCUUCAUGCUCCGCGCCCCGUUCGACCCUUCCCCGAGUCCGGCGACCACCAGGACGAGUGCCACGACAACGUCCGAACGACGUCGUCGUCGUCUUCUCCAAGUCCGGCAGCCCUGUCCGGGAGCAUGAACCACCACCAUCCGAUCUUUGUUUCACGGCGUAUAUUAGAUCGGACUCAACACUUAGGUUUUACUAAGUAGAUCGGUUUUAUUUACAGUUUAUACUCGGUUUAAACCUGGCCGGUUCGCCGGUUUUCUCUUAUUAAAUGCACGCGAUCAGUUUAGUUAAGUUUCGGAUGAGCGUCUUUUAACUACCGAUCGCCCACCUGUUUAGCCCAGUAGCACUAGGCCACGUAGCUAGUGCCCGGUUUUUUUUUUUGUCUCUGUUUUAAAAACAGAACAAGUUUCAAUCUUAGAUUGCUUGUAUC